AUGGCAAUAAAGUUAGGAUGGACAUACGAAGACUGGCAUGGAACGCAAAUCGAUAUGCUGAUGUCAGAUGCCGAAAGGGAGGCCUACCAUAUCACAUUCCAUGGGAGAGAAAUUGUUGUGGACACCAAGUUGGAGCUCAAUCGAGGAAGACGAUAUGGCUUGAUUGGUCUCAACGGGAGCGGUAAAUCAACCAUCAUGCAUGCCAUAGUUAAUCGAGAGCUUCCUAUACCUGACAGCGUUGAUAUGUACUUGAGAGCCAGGAGAGGCUUCAUGGAUAUUUAUGAACGAUUGGAUGAUAUGGAUGCAACUCUGGCGGAAAAAAGAGCUGCUGAAAUUCUCCAUGGUCUUGGGUUCACGAAAACUAUGCAAAUGAAAAAAUGCAAAGAUUUCUCAGGUUUGAUUUCGAAGCUUUUGAUUCGCUACACUUAUUCAUUUAUGUCAUCUAGUUUAGGAGGAUGGCGGAUGCGAAUAGCUUUAGCCCGAGCACUUUACUUGAAACCUUCUUUGUUACUCCUCGACGAGCCUACGAACCAUCUUGAUCUCGAAGCUUGCGUUUGGCUUGAAGGAGAGCUUAGUCGAUAUAAAAGAACACUGCUUAUUGUUUCUCAUUCACAAGAUUUUAUGAAUGGUGUUUGUACGAAUAUUAUUCACCUUUUCCAGAAGAAACUAGUUUAUUACACGGAUUAUGUAGCACGUUUCGGUCACGGUUCUGCCAAACUUGCCCGCCAAGCCCAGUCCAAAGAAAAGACGAUGGCGAAAAUGAUUGCUGGUGGUCUUACAGAAAAAGCUGUCGCAGAAACGUUGCGAAAGGCUUUGUUGCAGGAUGGAAACGUCUAUUUCUUCGAAGCAGGCCGAUUCCCUCCAGUUAUUAUGGUGAACAUUAUCGUUCCGUAUAUAGAUCCAUGGAUCGAUAGGAAUAUUGAUUUUGGGAUUGAUCUCGAUACACGUGUAGCAUUGGUUGGACCAAAUGGAGCAGGAAAGUCUACUUUACUGAAGCUGCUCUGUUCUGAUGUUUAUGCCACUGAUGUCUCUAAAUCAGGCGAACUUACUCAUGUAAAAUGCCGCUAUGAUCAGGUAAGAUCGAUGCAAAUAGAUGUGAAAUUGCUACGAAGAUUAGCGGAGACUGGUGUUCGAAUGCACAUUGAACAUCAUUUUGAUCGUAACUAUCCAGUAACUCCCAUGUGCAAUCAGCUACUUUCUCCUGCUCAGGCUACUGUUCUCACAUUCCGUGCUAUUGUUGAUCGUCCACAUGUGGCUCGAGUGCAACUUCUGCUAUGUAAUAUAUCUGACCGAGCACUUUACUUCAAACUGAAAAGCAACCCUGGCAGCAACGUAUCUGCCCUGCCUGCUGGAAAUGCGGAAAUACCACCGCAUUCUCAAGUACGGCUAAUUUUAACGUGGACAAGACCUCCACAUUUUGAACAUUGGAGAGACGUUCCACCUCCGAAAUUACUAAUUGUUACUCGAUUUCUGGAUUCUACUAGUGAUUCUGAUGCAUCUCAAACAGCAAUUCGUCUCAUUGCUCGCGUGAGUGCAUCUAAGACGUGUUUUGCUUCCAAUCCACCCAUAGAGCAGCUGCUCCUAGAUGCCGCGGGCAAGGCGGAUAUGGAAGUGUCGUCUGUGGUGCAUGAGGGAACACCGCGUACUCCAGUUAAAAGUGAAGACCAAGUUAGCCAUGGUGUACAGACCGGAAAAGAUGUGGCUGAUUUCCUCAAUGCUGUUGACGAUAGGGGAUUGCUCAUCCUCAUCCUAAUCUUACUAGCUACUAUGUACAUUGUUAGUAGAAUAUAUGAUAAGAAGCAUGAAAAUAACAAAUGUGUUUGUGUACUUCUGUGUGCUAAGUUCUCUGUCACACGUCCCCAGUUGAGAUGCUCAUUUGUGUGUCUCUGUCUUGAACAUUUUUAUUUGUGUAUUCUACUAACGUGUGUUGAGAACACCGUAAUAAACUGCAUGAACGGAGCCAUGCUCUAUCCGAACAAGUAUUCGAUAUUAAUAUUGUUUUGUCAGCAUCUCCAUGAAGAACUUCCGCUUGAGAAGUCUGCCCUUGAAUUCAUGAUGUCAUCAUUCCCUGAUGUGAAAGAAAAGGAAGAAAUGCGAAAGAUCGUCGGUCGCUAUGGCAUCACAGGUCGAGAGCAAGUCUGUCCUAUGAAACAGUUGUCGGACGGGCAGCGAUGUCGUGUUUCGUUUGCAUGGCUCGCAUGGCAGCAGCCUCAUCUUCUAUUACUUGAUGAGCCCACGAAUCACCUUGACAUGGAGUCCAUUGACGCCCUCGCUGAGGCAAUCAACUGUUUUUCCGGUGGCAUGAUUCUGGUUUCCCAUGACUUCCGUCUUGUUAGUCAGGCGAGUUAUUCUUUUAUGAUUGUCUACGUUUAUCUUGUGGCGGAGGAGGUAUGGGUGUGUGACAACCAGACGAUCAAGAAAUGGGAUGGUGAUAUUUUCUCAUUCAAAGAACAUCUCCGACGUGAAAUUGAUCGCGAUGCACGAGCUCGAGAGAGAGGACUCACAAAAGAACGUUAA